UGCUCGUGACAGGACGAUUCUGAAAAUAUAAGCGGCAAAACGCACGGUGGUGUAUUUAGUAGAACAAAAAAAAAAAAAUUGAGCAAAUAGUGGGAGUGUGAGGUGUAUUGGCAAAAGCUGAUUUGAAAGCAUUUUUCACCUUAUAAAUUUGGGAAAAUAUCAAAAUCUAAGCAAUUAUUGCUAGUGAGUGCAAGAAAUAUUUAUGCAAAAGUUGGAAAAUGUGUUUUUGAAGCUUGAAAAUUUGCAUUUGAAAGUUCGGGAGCAACGCAAGCCAAGGCGAGAAAAUUUUUGCUUAUAGCCAAUUUGCCAUUUUUUGUGUGUGUACCUAGUAUACGGCUGAAAGAAAACUUCAGUUCAGUUUAACGCGAGCGCAUGUGUAUGUGUGUGCAUGUGGAAGCAUAUAAAGAUGUAUGUGUGCAGUGUAUAUGUAUCAGGAUUAGUGCACUGAAGUUAUAGAAGAAAAGAAAUUUAUAUUUGAAGCCAAAGCAAUCCAAAGGCAGUUCUAACAAAAUCUCUUUUGCAGCAGAAAUAUUUUGCUGGAUUAAAAAAGUGUUAAGUGAGUAGUUAAAAAGAAAACAAAGUUAUAGCAGUGCAAGAAGUAAAACAAAAACACAUUUCAACCAGACAAACGUGCAACGGAAAAGUGAUUUUCGAUAUACUACACGCAACACUCCCAGUGGAUUAAAACUUGAAAAUCAAUAAUUCGGAUUAGCCGCCUGAGUGGGGAUAUAAAACUGAAAAGAGAUUUGUGACAAAAAUGUGUUGAUGCAAAACAAAUAAAUUAAGAAAAGUGCUUUGUCUACGCGAAAUUUAAGCCUGCAAAGAGUGCAGUCAACAGUGAAAAAUUUCGUGCAGAAAACUUCGACGAAAACUUCGAAGCAGUGCAAAAAAGUUGCGUACGCGUGCCAAAAUGGCGGCGCGUUGCUUACCCGUGCCACAGCGGGGGCAUCCGCUUUACUGCAGUGAAACGCGCGAUUCCGUUACGGUUCCUCGAAUAAACACGCGUCUUUCGUCAAUUCGUUCGUAUAAUAUCGCGUCGCAUUUCUUCCCUACGUCGCGUUCGUUAUCACGCGAUUAUGUACUUGCCAUCGCCAUCUGCAUGUUGCUCACGUAUAUCCGCGUUACGCAAGCGCAUAUGGCCACCCCAACUGUGUCCAACGACGACGGUCGUAUGCCUGCAACGGUUGGCAUUUCGGCGGCUAAUGCUGCGCGUAUGUUGGCUGGUAGUGGUGGCUCGGCCAGCAGCGAAUACUCGCUUGUGUUGCCACAUGAUACUUAUCCGGGUUUUAGCAUUAAGAAAUUCAAAACAGUGCCCCUGAACAAAUCGACCUCGUCGUUGAAGGCAACAACUUCUUCCUCAGCAUCAUCAGCGCCUGUGGGUGCUUAUCAUAUGCUCGCCGGUGAUUACUCGAAAUAUUUUACAGUGCUCGAUGAUGGCGUCGUUAUGACCACUUCCGACAUCUCACCACUAGUCAAUCGUCCGGUGAAUCUGGUUGUGGUCGAGGAGACGCCCAACGCCACCAACACGCACAAUUUGCAGCUUUUUGUGAUGCAUCGCAGCGAUAUGCUGCGCUUUCCGGGCACUAUGCUGGAUGCAAGCGGUGAGGUGCGUGAGAAUCGGCCCGCAGGCACACGUGUACGCGGCAUACCACUGAUGCAAGCCUUGAGCGGCACUGCGGCGCCAGACGCUAAUGCUGGUGCAUCGAAAAAGGUGCGUUACACUAUCAUCGAUGGUAAUGACGAUCAAGCGUUUGCCUUGCAGACACGUAAAUCGGAUAAAGGUAGUGAAAUAAGCGUGGACACGAUUUUGGUAGAUAACGAUGGCGAGACUGGUGUGUGGUUGGUCACCAAUCGGCCACUGGAUCGUGAAACAAAGGCGCACUAUGAUCUCUCCGUACAAGCCGCAGAUAUUGAUGGGCUCGAUAAGACCGUCUCGAAGAUACAAGUGACUGUGCUGGAUGAAAAUGAUAAUCGCCCUAUAUUCAAGUCGACUGAUUACAAAUUCGCCAUUGCCGGCCAGAAGUCCACUAGCUUGGAAGGUAACUCGUCCACGACCUGGAAACGCUUCAGCAUUUUGGGUAAAGUUGAAGCCACCGAUGCUGAUGGCGACAAGAUUGCCUAUCGUCUAAAUGCGCCAAGCAACAUUGUCAUCAUUGUGCCACAAACUGGUGAAAUUAUGUUAGCCGAUCAACCACAAACUUCCGAAUUGCUGAUCGAAGUGGAAGCGCACGAUUUACGCUACCCCAGUUUGAUAAGCAAGCAACCGGCCAAAGUUUUGCUUGAGUUUUUAGCACCCGAACCGGUCUCUUUUAUUAUGCAACACUUGGAGCACGAUGCGGUCAAUGAGCAUUCGCAUCAUCGCGAAAAGCGUCGGGUAACGCGCGCGGUACGCCCGACCAAACGUAUCGAGUUUACCGAGGCAGAUGGCGAUACCGAAGGUAAAUCCGUCUUCCAGCUGGAGAAGGAGACCGAUAAGGAAACCUUUAAAAUACGUGACGACAAUCCAUGGGUAACGGUCGAAACGAAUGGCGCGGUGCGUGUGAAAAAGAAGUGGGACUAUGAAGAAUUGGGACCGGAGAAAACAAUCGAUUUUUGGGUGAUCAUCACAAAUAUUGGACAACACGUAAAAGAUAAUAAAAACAAUCAUGAAAAGCGUCAUGAAGAGCGCCAUGAAAAUCAUCAUUAA